CAUCUUGCUUGCAGGCAAUCAGAACUGUUGAGUGCGGUAGUAUACUUGGACCUAUAACAGUCUACAACGGUUCCCUAAUUUAGAUGAAUUAGUAAUCAAGAUGACUGCACAAGCGGCAAUCCUACAGAAUCCUACUCCGUGCCUUUCAAUCAGAUCUCGCAGCGUUGUCAACAAUAUUGCCUGGAUAUCAACCCUCAUUUUAUUGAUGAUCUUGACCAUAUACCUAGGGAUGACCCCAGGUCAUCUCUCCUUCCUUCAUUUUUUUGACGACAUGCGGAUAGCCACAGAGCACUGGCUCGAGAAGCCAGGAGUGCGAGAAACUCGAAACGAGAAGGCUCACAUUCGAGCUGCUCGGAAUAGGGCAAGGAAAAAAAGGGUUCUACCUUGCGAUGCGCAUGACACGCCUGUCACUGCCUCGGACCAUGAAGACUAUCAUUCUCAGUAUGAUGCCACCGAAGCCGUGCUCACCUUGGACCGUAACGAUUCCGAGUGUGAUGACGAUCUACCUUAUUUCACAGACACCAACCUGCCUUCUCCUCGCAACUCUCCCUCGCUGCAAGCGAUUGAUGAAGAAUACGAUCGUUCAUUCGAUCCUGACGAAUCUAUCCUCACAAUGGACAACAAUUUAUCAUGUGCCUGUGACUCUCCGUCACUGCAAACACUUGAGAUCCUCGUCGGGCAGUGGCGAAAGGAGUGGGUGUCUGAAGAAAUGUGGAAUGAGGCAUACGAUGAAGCACUUCGUCGCGCCCUGAGCAAGGGGGAGCACGCUGUAUUUGUUGAGCAGUGUGCACAGCAUGCUUCAGAGGGUAGAUCACUGCUGGAAAGUAUCAAGGACGUCGUGCACACUCAUUGCCCGUGUUGCAGGGAACGCCUGAAGUACGAUACAAUAUUACUAUAUGAUUUGCUGGUUAGUGUCACAUCAGAGGUGAAAUUUUCGAAGUCAAAUUAG